CUCUUCUCCCUCUAAGAGCAUUAACUGUCGAGUGUUCUGGCGGUGACAGGACUGUCAGGGUCAGAUGGCUGCUCAGCCUGAUUACACCGGCUCACUGUAUAUCCUCGGCUACUAUACUGCAUACUGCCAAGCUAGCACGUUCUAGUUGUGCGGCGCAUUUCGCAUUUCGCUUCUUUUCUCGGGGAGGCAGAAGCAGCUCGGCGUCAUCCGGGAAGGAGCUACAGGUGGUUGCACAAAACCGUCAAGACUACAGUUUUCUGCUGGACGUCGUAGGGAGAACCACGCGUGUUACGUCUCUCUCGAGAGAUGACUUAAAGCGAAGCACUGGUUGAUGGCGUUUGUGCGACAAAGUGGUGACUACUGCCACGCCCAACACAUGUAGACCCAACCAAUGAUGUAUUUGUAUCAUGCAGUUGUGGGACCCUGAAGUCUGAAAAAAAACAAAUUGUGCCUGGCCAAAAAAGCCAUCUGAUGGGGUAACAAGUGGGGCCUCCAAAUUUAAGUGGAGAAGGACUGGAAGACCUUCACUUGCAGAGCAUAAGGGACUGGAAAGAACUGAUAUCAGUUUUGUGAUAUUAAAACACAGAGCUGACACAUUGUUGCCUCCUGGGCUACGCAAAACCGAUGGGGUAAAAUAUUUUCCUCCAUUUUGAAAUCAUCUUUUAAAUUUCAACAUUUACAUCCACCCAACGAUUCAGCCAUCCAUUGAAGUCUCAGCAGCUAUACAGCUGGAAAUAAAGGUUAGACCUCUUCCCUGGACAAUUGUGGUCCAAAAGUCAAACAGGUCAUCAUGAACCGUCCAGCUCCUGUGGAACUGUGCCACAACCACAUGCGAUUUCUUAUUACACAUAACCCAACAGACAGCACCCUGGGCUCCUUCACGGAGGACCUGAAGCGAUUCGGAGUCACAACAGUGGUUCGAGUCUGUGACAUCACAUAUGACAAAACGCCACUGGAGAAAGAUGGCAUUACUGUGGUGGACUGGCCAUUUGAUGAUGGUGCCCCGCCCCCCAGUAUACUAGUUGAUGAUUGGGUGAGUUUACUGCAGAAGAAGUUUCAGGAGGAACCUGGAUGCUGUGUGGCUGUUCACUGUGUGGCAGGCCUCGGAAGGGCUCCCGUGCUGGUUGCACUGGCUUUGAUAGAGAGUGGAAUGAAGUAUGAAGAUGCUAUUCAACUGAUUCGACAAAAGCGUCGUGGAGCCAUCAACAGUAAACAACUAACUUACCUGGAGAAGUAUCGAUCCAAGCAACGACUCCGCUUUAAAGGCUCUCACACCAACAAGAACAAGAAGUGUUGCACUAUGUGAAGACACACAAACACAAAGUCAGUCACACGUUGGGGCAAAAGAAGACUGCUAUACCCUAUAGAGGCCUUGCCUAGGAAGUAAUGCUUUUUGUUACCCCCCUUUCAUUACAAUCCACUGUUUUCCCGGUUUGCAAUAACGUUGGGUCUUUAAAAAGAGUAUUACAUUUUGGAUGUUUGCUUCAGUAGCUCGACCAGCGAUGAGGGAAUGGAAAAAGUGGGCAAGUCUGAUUGUUGAGGCUUGGUGAGGUUGCUUAGGAACAGAUAAGACAGUUCAUUGAGGAAAGGGCGGGUUAAUCUUGCAGCUUGUGAUUCCAAAUAUAUUGGGACAUUUAGGUUGUUGUUGUUGUUGUACAGAUAUUCCGUAUAAUUUAUUGACAUCUAAUUUUUUAUUCUUGGAUGCCCCAAAGUUGUCUAACUUGAAACAAUUCGGAGAAAAAAAGAAGACCGGAAGGGCUUAUCUUGUCCGAGAUGUAUUUCACAUGAAAAUCUUAAUGCUGUAAACAUGUUGGUACCCAUAAAGCCUUCUCUGGUUUUCACAGCCAACAGCCAAUGUUUGAGUGUUUACAUUUCAGAGUGUGCAUUUUUUUUAUCCAUCUACAAAUGAUUGGUGUUAUAGAGAAGGUUUUGGAAUAAACAAUAUGCCAACAAUAACCAUACAUGUACACAUGUGUUAAUGACAGAAACAUUAGAAUAAAAGAGAAAAUAAUAAUAGGAAUAAUAAAUGAAAAUUAACCAGUGAAAAUCAGACAAAGCUUUUGACAGAGGUGUCCAUUUUACAAAAUUUUACUGGUCUUGGGUCAUCCAUCAUUUUUCAAGCCGAACAAAACAAUAAUCGUCAGUCAGUCAGACCGUCGUAUUAUUUUAACCGGGUUUCCUUCAGUGCUUAGUCCGUCAUUAAUUUUUUUUUUUUUUUUUGUAUUUUCCUUUCAUUCAUCAACAGUCAGCAAAAUGGGCAUCCGUCAUUGCUGGACUGACAGACCUUCCGUCAGUACUGACGAAAAGCCCACCUCUGGCUUUUGAAUUGGGGUUCAACGGAAUUAUUGUAAAACAACAACAAACCCGUGACCCAGGCCUGGACAAAAAUGAUGGUACGUUUUAAUUUAUUUUGUUACAUAAACAUUUGAGGCAGUUACUGCAAUCAAACUAUUUUUCUAACUUUCAAAGAGAUGUAUGCCGGUCUCACAAGGUAUUUUGGUCCACUCUUCAUAAGCAAACUGCUCCAGUUCUCCCAGGUUUGAAACGUGCUCUAUGCAGACGUCAUGUUUCAGCUCCUGUCACAGCUGUUCAUUGAAUUUCGAUCAGGACACAUAGAAACCAAUAAAGAAUAGUCCAAUGUUUUGCUCUUGGUUGUUUUUGAAGCUAUGUUUUGGGUCAUUGUCCUCUUGCAAGACUUGUGACCUGCGACGGAGACUACGAUUUCUGACACCGGGCAGCACGUCUCUCUCUAGACAACGUUAAUCGUCUUGAGAUUUCAUUGCACCCUGUACAGAUUCAAGACACCCAGUGCAGAUGAAGCAGAUCAGUCCCAGAACUAGAACAGAGUGUUCUGCAUGUUUCACAACAGGCACACUGUUCUUUUCUUGGCAUGUCUCAUUUCUGAGUCUGUGAACACACAGCUGAAGUGCCUUGCCAAAAAGUUCUAGUUUUGUCCCAUCUGUCCAGAGGACAUUGUCCCAGAAGCUUUGUGGAUGGUCAACCUACAGUUGUUGUUGUUUUGGUGAUUCAUUUUCAACAGCUUUUUCCUCCUUGGUCAUCUCCCACAAAUUUACUUUGGCUCAGAAACGACGGAAGGUGUACUCUGACGCUGAUGUACCUUGACCCUAGAGUUGACCUUUACUGUAAUUUCUUUGAGGUUUGUUCUGGGCUCUUAUUACACAAUUUGUAUUCUCUUCAAUAUGUCAUUGAUUUUUCUUCUGGGUCCGGUUCCAGGGAGUUUGGCUACAGUCCUGUGGACCUUAAAUUUCUGAAUAAUAUGUGCAGCUUCAGGAACACCAAGCUGCUUGGGGGUGAUCUUGUACCAUUAAUGUGUUUGUCUAUCAUUUUCUUUCCGUUUACCUUUGCUUCAUUUGGUCCUUGUUUAGUGUGUUUACACACUAUGUCACCAAGCAGCACAGGGACUACUUGUCACCCUUGAUAUAAGCCUAAAAUGGUAAUUAGUGGACACUUAUUGGUUGAACAUAUCCCUCUUGUCAAAUUAUUUACAAUCUUUUCGAGGGGUCUCAUCAUUUAUUUUCAGGCUUGUCAAUUAGUUUUUUUCAAACACAGUAAUUCUAUUGAACUACAAUUUGAAAGCAACAUCUGAUUUUCGUUAGUUAAUUUUCAUAGUUUUUUCAUGUAUUUAUUAUUAUUAUUAUUAGUAGUAGUAGUAGUAAUAGUAGUUUUCUUUCAUUAACAGAUGGGUGCUAACAAUUUUGUCCCCGUGUGCAUAUGAUCAAAAAAUGCCUGAAAGGUGUGGACUAAAUGUAAAUAUAAAAUAUAUAUGCUUGA